AUGCAGAAGAAUAAAUAUGGACGCAAUUCCAUACUUCCUGCUAUAGCCGCUAUGAUCACGUUUUCCCCGUCCGGACAAGGUGAUGAACCUAAGUUUCACCUUGAGCUUCUUGCAGAUGAGGCAAUGUGGACGCAAUUCCAUACUCCUCGCUGUGGUCGCUCUCAUCUUCUAUUACCCGUUAGGGGAAGGUGA